AUGGCGCGGCCCGCGACGCUGCUCUGCUGCUCGGCGGCGCUCCUGGCGGCGUGGUGGGGGGCCGCGUGCGCCGCCGGCGCGCCCCCGCUGCAGGACGAGGCGGACAACCAGGAGAACGUCCUCUCCCAGUUGCUAGGUGACUAUGACAAGGUGAAGGCCGUGUCGGAAGGCGGGGACUGUCAGUGCAAGUGUGUGGUGAGGCCGCUGAGUCGAAGCGCCUGCCAGAGGUUUAAUGACGGCGCUUCCAAACCGGAGGAUUUUUACGUGGUGGAAACCAUUACUUCUGGACCAGAAUGCAGAUGCUCCUGCGUGGCUCCGCCGUCCGCCCUGAACCCUUGCGAGGGAGACUUCCGGCUGAAGAAGCUGAGAGAAGCAGACAGCAAGGAUUUUAAGUUGGCAGCUGUUAUCGACAUGCUGGAAGGCGCAUUCUACGGCUUGGACCUCCUGAAACUGCAUUCCCUUACGACCAAGCUGGUGGGUCGAGUGGAGAAACUGGAAGAGGACCAGAAACACAAGACUCAGAAGGCUGGUGAAGUUCUGCAGGAACUGGAUCAUAAAACUAAGAAUAAUUCAUCCUUUGGCAUCUCCAAUGACCUCGCUGACAUCCAGAGUUUGUUGCAAAGGGAUGCUGCAGCUGCCUAUACGCUCACUGAGGAAAAGUAUGAAGAUGGGUUCCUGCACGACGAAGUGGUUUCUCAGCACAUCGGUUCUGACGAGUCCUUGCGCUAUGCGCCCCAAGUGCCAGACACAACAAAGCCGAAGUCCACUUCACAAAGGAAGCUCCAUGUGAGAAGCAGGCCUCCCUCCCGGCCCACCAUCAUUCGAGGGGUCACGUAUUAUAAAGCCAAAGACGCUGAGCUGGAAAACGAUCUUGACGAACAGGACGAACUUUUCAGCGGCGAGAAUGCAAUUGAUUUGCUGAUUGAAGACCAGCUCUUGCAGCACUACGACCUGCUAAACAUCCCCACGAGGAAGCCGUUCCCAGUUGAAGGACCGCUGACACUCCAAAGCAUUGAUCUCAUGAAAGAACCUGUGACAGGCGCCAUGUACGCUGGAGGAGGAGCUCCUACAACCACUACCACGGCAAAGAUGCCACCGUUGUUCCUUUCCAUUGCGCCUCCCGCUGUCAAAUCCACCUCAAGUUCUACCUCAUCAGUUGUCCCUCCUGCCAGCCAUCAUCCGCCAGCUGCUCCGAAGACCACGGCAGCUGCUGCAGUCACCUCAGUGACCGGCUCGUCGAGUGAAAGCAUCGGGGGGACAAUGCAGACGGUGGCUCAGGCAGCCAUGCAGGCUCCCACAACAGUCCGGAGUGCAACGGCCACAAGGCCGCACACCACUGAGGGAGCCACCAUUGAUUUCCAAGCACAGGCAAUGGCCAGGACUAGUUCAGCAGCCACAACCAAAGCCGUGACUUCUCCAACCACUGCCAGCACCACACCAAAACAGGGCUUUGAUGAAGAAGAUAUCAGAAACAGCAUAGGCCAGUGCAAAGAUACCUUGUCCACCAUCUCAAAGCCCAUGAUCCAGAACACCUACGGGCGGAACGAAGGCGCUUGGAUGAAGGAUCCGCUGGCCAAGGACGAGCGAAUCUAUGUCACCAACUAUUACUACGGGAACACCCUGGUGGAGUUCCGGAGCUUGGACAGCUUCAAACAAGGCCGAUGGAGUAACUCUUACAAGCUGCCCUACAGUUGGAUGGGGACAGGUCACGCGGUGUACAACGGCUCCCUCUAUUACAACCGGGCCUUCACUCGCAACCUCAUCAAAUACGACCUGAAGCAGCGUUAUGUGGCAGCCUGGGCCAUGUUGGAUGACGUAGCCUAUGAGGAGGAAACGCCCUGGCGGUGGCGUGGGCAUUCCGACGUGGACUUUGCCGUGGACGAGAACGGCCUGUGGAUCAUUUACCCGGCCAUCAAUUAUGAAGGCUUCAGCCAGGAGGUGGUUGUCCUCAGCAGACUCAACGCCGUUGACUUGAGCACUCGGAAGGAGACCACCUGGAGGACGGGCCUGCGCAAGAACUUCUACGGCAACUCCUUUGUCAUCUGUGGCGUCCUCUACGCCGUUGACAGUUACAACAAGAAGAACGCCAACAUCUCCUAUGCGUUCGACACACACACCAACACUCAGAUCAUCCCCCGCUUGCUUUUUGAGAACGAGUACUCCUACACCACUCAGAUAGACUACAACCCCAAGGAUCGCCUCCUUUAUGCUUGGGACAAUGGGCAUCAGGUGACUUACGACGUCAUCUUUGCUUACUGAGGACACAGCAUGGACAAUUCAAAUGGGCCACUAGCACCUUUUUUUAAAAAAAAAAGCAUAUUUUUUUAUUGUACAAAUCAAAAAGUAAAUGAUUUUUGUUUCCUUUUGGAAAGUUAAGUGGAUUGUAGAUCAAUCCACAGGCCAAAGCCAACCCUUUUUAUUGCGGGCAUAACCUUUGCUUCUGUUUUUAUACUGAAUAUACGGCCUCCCAUGAGACCACGGAAAAUUAUUUCUUUGCCAAGUGCAAACUCCCGGUGGAAGACGUCCCU